AUGGGCCCCAUUGCCGGCAGGGCGUUCGCCUUGCUUGCUACUUUAUCAACCAUCGUUUACGCCCAGGACCAGCCCAAGGGCGAUGGUUACUUUGGUUACAACCUCGAGCGCCGCGGCGACAACGAGUCGGCAGUCUACGAGACGGCAAACACAAAGACCGGCAUUGACACCCUGAACCCGAUCCCGGACGUGUACCUCAACGCCUCGGUCUCGGUCGGCGAGAUCAGCGUCGAGGUGCAGAACAUCACGGCCAAGGUCAACCUCGACGCGAAGGUGCUCAACCUGCUACAUUUUCAAGCCGGCGUCGACGCGCGCAUCGACCGCGUCAAACUGGGCAUCUACAACGUGUCGGCCAAAGUCGAGCUCGAGGCCCGCCUGGAGAACGUGGUGAAGAUGGUUGACGACGUCCUCACCAGCAUCGACCUGAACCCUAUAAUCGCGACGCUGGGCGACGGUCUCGGUGACAUCGUCAACAAGACCGUCGGCGUCGUUACAGACCCCGUCGACGGCAACGCCGCGGACGCCAGCUCGGUGGCGAAACGCGACCUGACCUACCGCAUCGAGAACAACAUUCUGUACUCGGUCAACGACUUCUCCGGCCGCACGCAUACGAAUCGCGUGUUGGCGCAGAACGGCUCCAUCUUUGACGUGUUCCUCAACAACAACGGCGACGAGACGGGCAGGCGAGUGGUGGGACUGUACAGCCGCGACAUGGCUUUCACGGGGCACAACAAGACCAUUUCGAUAGACGGGCAGGUGAGGGAGUUUGAGCUGCAGUAUCUGUACGCGCCGUACCCCGGACUAGAGGCGUUUAGCAACAUCUACAUGGACACGAGUGGCAGGGUAGUAAGGACGAAGAUUGUGGCCGAGGCGGAGGGGGGCGGCACGGCGACGAUCAGCAACGAUGGGGAGUGA